UGAAGAGAAGCAGGUUCGGAAUAUCUUCUUCACCAACUUCACUUUCCGAAGAAGAACAAGAAGAACAAAAACACACCAAUCUUGGUAAUGAUGAUGAAGAAUUUCAACUAGUAACUUUGUCUUCUCCUUCCAAUGAAUAUGAAUCAAAACAAAAGAAGGCUAAAUAUGAUACCAAUGAAUUAAUUAAUAUUACUCAUGAUGAUUAUAAUUAUAAUAAUAUUACAAGAGUAAUUCUAAUUGAUUUGAUGGAAAUAUUAAAUACAAAUCAUCAUCAAUUAAUUAAUAAUUCAAAUAAUUCACAAAUGGAAGAAAUUAAAUUCCUCUUCAACAAAUUAAGGAGGAAAAUGAAUGGUGGUGAUUUUGUAGAACGUGCCUUCUCAACAAACUUUCAUCACUCGAGGACAAUUAUUGGAAUGGAGAAUGAAGAAGAGGAAAAGUUUACAUUGUGAAAAUUUGUUACAAUUCGAAAUUGGUAUUUGUGAGUGGAACAGAUGAAUCAAAAUUAGUGGUCUAUAGUUUGGAUGAUUACAAAUUCAUUAAAACUAUUGAAUUGGAAACAAUGCCAACUAAUUUAUGUAUUGAAGAAUGGGAUAAAUAUUCGAAUGAUAUUAUCAUUUCUGGAAAUAAUACUCAUGUUUACAAGUAUAGUUUAGAGGAAUGUAUGAAAUCAAAACCGAAACCAUUGUGGAUUUGUGAUAAGAUUAAUUCACCAAAUGGAAUAAUAUCUGUCAGUGAUAGGAAUAAUUCAAACGAAAAUUAUAGAAAAGAGACCUCUCUUCUCUAUGUUUGUGAUAUGUUUACUGAAUUGAUUAGCAUUGUCAAAUCACAAACAGGACAAGUCAUUGGAAAUAUAUCUCUGCUAAGUGAAAUGAUUAAUGUAUCCUGUCCAUGGAGUAUUGGAAUGAAUAAUUUGGGACAAUUCAUAAUUAGUGGUCUACAAAACUCUAGCAAACAUAUUAUUGAAAUAAUUGAGAGACAAUUCGAUCAAAAAAAGAAUCAAUACGAGUGGAAAUCUAUUAAAGUCAUUGAGAACGAGGAAGACAAGUUAAAAUAUCCUUUCGGACUUGUGGUAGAUAGUGUAUCUUUGAAUAUCAUUGUAUGUGAUAGUUUGAAUCACAGAUUAAUGGUAUUCAAACAAGAUGGAACUCUGUUAAAAGUAUUUGGAUCGAAAGGAAGGGAAACUUUUCAAUUAUCAACACCUAUGGGUCUCUGUAUUAACAAAUUGAAUGGAGAAUUACUCGUGGCAGAUUCAGAAAAUCAUCGAAUAUUAUGUUACAAAUAA